AUGACGGUGCGUCAGAAGCAGCGAGAUGUUGAGGCCGGCCUUCGUGACCAGACCAACCUUCUGCCCAAGCGCGAACUGAUCAUUUUGUUCUCCACGCUUGCUGCCAGCUUGUUGGUCUGCUUCAUCGACCAGAAUGGCAUCGGCGUGCUCCUCCCCUCCAUUGCCAAGGACAUAGAUGCCGAGAACACCAUCAGCUGGGCUGGAACGUCCAACCUGAUUGCCAACACAGUCUUUCAAGUCCUCUACGGACGUUUGUCUGAUCUGUUUGGCCGCAAACUCGUCUAUGUCUCGGCGCUGGCCCUGCUGUGCAUCAGUGACCUGCUAUGCGGCUUCGCCGUCAACUCGACCAUGCUCUACGUCUUCCGUGGCCUGGCUGGUGUGGCUGGCGGCGGCAUCACAAGUCUGUCCAUGAUGAUCGUCAGUGAUGUUGUCACCCUUGAAGACCGUGGAAAGUACCAAGGUAUCCUCGGAGCCAUGGUUGGCACCGGUAACCUCGUCGGCCCGCUGAUUGGCGCUGCAUUUGCGCAGCAUGCCACCUGGCGUGCAUUGUUCUGGUUUAUCGCUCCGGUGGCCGCAAUUUGCUGCAUCGUCAACUGGUUCAUGGUCCCGGCCACCGUUCCGACCAAGGACUUCAAAGGCAAUGUCAGGAAAAUCGACUUCUACGGCCUCUUCACUGGAUCUCUGGCUACCAUUCUGAUCCUCAUCCCCAUUUCCGGCGGCGGCUCCUAUUUCGAAUGGGACUCGCCCAUGGUCAUAGCAAUGCUCACCGUGGGAGGUGUGCUCGGAUUGGCCUUCAUAUUUGUUGAGUGGAAGGUUGCCCCGCUUCCCAUGAUGCCGUUGAGCUUGUUCAAGAACAUUCCAGUCGCCGUGCUGAUCAUCCAAAACUUCUUCUAUGGUGUCACUUACUAUGCCUACCUCUACUAUCUUCCCAUCUAUUACCAGAAUGUUCGCAACUUCUCACCGCUCAUCAGCGCAUGCUUGACGAUCCCCAUCGUCUUCUUCCAGUCCUUCUCUUCAAUCAUCUCCGGCCUCUACAUCUCGCAUUAUAAGCGUUACGGCGAGGUCAUUUGGGCUGGUUUCAUCAUCUGGACGAUCGGCGCCUCGCUAACGACGCUCUUCUCGCGCACGCUGCACAUUGCGGCUAUCGUCAUCAUCAGCUGCCUCAAUGGCAUCGGCGUCGGCUUUGUCUUCCAGCCGACCCUGGUAGCGAUGCAGGCGCACGCGACCAAGGCACAGCGCGCCGUGGUCAUCUCCAACCGCAAUUUCCUCAGGUCACUCGGCGGCGCCUUCGGCCUCGCCAUUUCCGCCGCCGUGCUGCAGAACACGCUGAAGAAGAAUAUGCCGGCCGCCUACGCUGAUCUCGCCCGCUCAACCUACUCGACCCCCGACUACAGCCGCUACAACGCCGCCGAUAGCGACGCCAUCCACGACGCCUACGCCAAGGCCAGCCGCGCCGUAUUCAUCACCCUCGCGCCGUUCAUCGCGCUCUGUCUGUUCGGCUGCUUCUUCGUCAAGGAUCGCGGCUUGACCCGCCCCGACGAGAUGGACCAGCAGACUCCGGCAGAGUCGCAGGUGCAAUCCCAACAUGUCAUGUCGCAGGAUUGUGACAAGGAAGAUGAGAAAGAUUGCGCAAGCUUCAUGGCCGUACCCGCGCCGGUUGAGGAUGAGAUCGAGGAAAAGGAGAAAGAAAAGGAUGAUGACGAAGGUGUGGAAGAGAAGAAAAAAGAAGAUGGCACUAAUGUUGAAGAGAAGAAGGUUAAGGUUUGA